UUUCACUUCUCCCCACCAUUCCAUUCCAAUAAUAAAUAACAUCUACCUGUCUGAAAAAAAAUUUAUAUAUAUUCUCCGGCCAAAUUGCAGAUAUGGAAAAACCCACCGCCGCAGCAGCAACAUCAAUCUUUCUCUUCCUCUUCCUCCUGAUUUCGUCCUCCUCAGCUCAGACUUGCAACAUUGCAAGAACAUUCACCGGCAACAGGCUAUACUCAACUUGCAGUACCCUCCCUGUUUUGGAUUCUUCCCUUUAUUGGAACUACCAUCAGGCAAAUCACACCGUUGAUAUUGCUUACACUCACUCCUCCGUAACCACCUCUAAUUGGGUCGCUUGGGCACUUAAUAUCAACGGCUCUCGCAUGAUUGGAGCUGAGUGCCUCGUCGCCUUCCAGGGCUCCGCCGGAAUGAGGGCCUAUACCUCUCCGAUUACAUCCUAUCAAACAACACUUGCCGAGGGACCAUUGAGCUUCGCUGUCAGUUCCAUCUCUUCAGAAUUCCUUAAUAAUAAUGAAAUUAUUAUUUUAGCCACUUUGCAACUUCCAGCAGGAACAACUACUUUCAACCAUCUCUGGCAAGUAGGUCCCCUUUCCGGUGACACUCCGGGGACACACAAUUUCGCUGCAGCUAAUUUGGGGUCAAUGGGUAGUGUGGAUUUCAGUACGGGAGCCGUCGUUACAACGGGAGGAGCCUCUAUCAGUAGACGUCAGAAAGACAGAAAUAUCCAUGGAGUAUUGAACGCAGUAAGUUGGGGAGUAUUGAUGCCGUUUGGUGCGAUGGUGGCUAGAUACUUGAAGGUGUUCAAAUCGGCCGAUCCGGCAUGGUUCUAUAUCCACGUGACCUGCCAAACCUCUGCUUACAUCAUCGGCGUGGCAGGAUGGGGUACCGGACUUAAACUCGGCGAGCAGGCUGCGUUACAAAAUACAAUUCACAGAAACAUCGGCAUAGCCCUCUUCUGCCUAGGAACCCUUCAGGUGUUUGCUCUGCUUUUGAGGCCGAACAAGGAUCACAAAUACAGAUUUUACUGGAACAUGUAUCACUGGGGGAUGGGAUACGCAGUGAUAAUCCUGACGAUAAUAAACAUCUUCAAAGGAUUCGAGAUGUUGAACGUGGCUAAGGGAUGGAAACGGGCUUACAUCGGAGUUCUAAUCUUCUUCGCCGUGAACGUGGUCUUGUUGGAGUGUUACACCUGGUACAUCGUUAUGAAGAGAAAGAAAGACACUCCUUCCGCCGCCGGCAAAAAGUACCCUUACGCCGGAAACGGAAACGAAAACGGCGUCCGGUCGACGACGGAGAACGUAUAGAUUACAAUACAUGGUUGUUAGAUACAUAGGGUUAGGUCGGGUGGUGUGGUGGGUCGGUGGGAGUAGAAUGAAAAGGGCAUGUGAUGAUGGAUCCGUUUUCUUGCCUUCUUUGACUUUUGCUUUUUCCGGGGAUAUGUGUGUGUCAGUGUUUAUGAGAGAGAGUUUCAUAGAGAGAUAUUUUAUUAUAUUACUAUUAUUAUUAUUAUUAUUAUUAUUCUUUUUCAUACGUGUAUAUUCAUAUUCGUAUGGUUACUUUUGAUUUGUAUUCUUAUGUAUGUGAUGACAUAAAUAAAAAUAUAUCUCUUAAUCGUUAUC